GUCACAAGAAGAACCCCUUUUCUACUAAAAUUUUCAUUUAUAAGACAUUUGAUUUUUGCUCUUUAAGACUCUGCAAAAUCCCUUUGUGUGAAUUGUAUUCCGAGGUGUUUGAAGAACUUUCCGAUCAUUUACUUCCGACGAUAAGCGUAUAAUAUCGGAAGAAAUCCAGCACAUACCGAGAGUCUAAAUUGACCGUUCUCGGAAAAUCUUAGAUAUUCAAUUUCUUGCAUACAAAAAAAAGAAAAAAAAAAAAAUCUCAAACUUUGAAGAAUGGCCUAUGAUCUAAGGGAAAGAAAGCAAAAGAGCGUGAUUGUCAGCUAUGAAAGUGAAGAAGAAGAAGAUAACAAUGACUCUUCUGUCUCAGAUCCUGAUUAUACAAGAACUAGACGUCCAAGAAACAAGAAUUAUUGCAAAUCAAUCCAAAAAUUGCAAAUAAAUCCAUCUGAGCUCAAGUUUCCAGGCAUAAAUGGAACUAUUUUUGCAAUAAGAUCGAGGGGUCGCCCUCCAAAGAAAAGAUCCAUUAGAAGUUUAGAGGAACCAAAUAAAAGGAGAAGGUCAGGUUCUUUUUCAAAUCAAGAACUUGGUUCUUCUAAUAGACAAACAGUACAAGCACUUGGUGCUUCUAGUGGACAAACAGUACUAACACUUGGUGCUUCUAGUAGACAAACAGUACUAGCACUCGGUGCAUCUAGUAGACAAACAAGAAUAGCACUCGGUUCUUCUAGUAGACAAACAAGAGUAGCACUUGGUUCUUCUAGUAGACAAACAAGAAUAGCAGAGAAAACUAUAUUAUCAUGGUUAAUAAACCACGGGGGCGUCUCGGAAAAUGAUAGAGUUCAAUAUAUUGACAGAAGGAUCCUAAAGGAAGGGAUGGUAAGAAGAGAUGGUAUUUGGUGCAGAUGUUGCAAUGUAGUUAUGAGUAUCUGGGAUUUUGAAAUGCAUGCAGGAAACUAUUCAAGUAGGCCAUAUAAGAAUACAUAUGUUUUUCGCACAGGCAAGCCUCUUGUAAACCUCCUUAAUGAGAUGUGGCAUAAAAAGGAAGAUGAACGACAUUUAUUUAAUGUAGUUGUGCCACAAAUUGGCGCAACUGAUGCUAAUGAUGAUGCUUGUCUGCUAUGUGCUGAUGGAGGUGAUCUCAUAUGCUGUGAGAAAUGCCCCUCCGCAUUCCACCCAACCUGCAUUAAUAUGGAGAACAUACCUCAAGAAGAUUUUUUAUGCACUUACUGUGUCUGCAAACAUUGUGGUGGCAUCAAUGGAGAUAUGCUUACAUGUUCUAUGUGUGGCAAGAGAUAUCACUGGGAUUGUUAUGUUGAUAGAGAGAAUGUGGAUCUUAACGAUACUGAGCUUGCCUUAUGUUGUGGACCUAUCUGCAAAGAGGUUUAUUGGAAGUUUAAGAGGAUGCUUGGAGUUAGACACGCGAUGAAAGAGGGAUUAACAUGGACAUUGGUACAUCGAAUGAAACCAUUUGAAAUUGAGGAUGAGCAAACAAGAAUAAUAAGUAACUGUAAGACUGAGGUGGCAUGGGAUUUUCUGAAUGAAUGUUUCAGCACUGCUACAGAUCGCCAUAGCAGGAUAAACAUCUUGCAAAGUGUGGUUUGUAAUAGAGAAUCAAAUUUGACAAGAAUGAAUUUUAGAGGCUUCUUUGUUGCUUUGCUGGAGAAUAAUGAUGGUAUCGUUUCAGCUGCAACUGUAAGAAUGCAUGGGAAAGAUUUGGCUGAGAUGCCUUACAUCGCAACUCAAGAGAACUACAGGGGUCAAGGGAUGGCAAGAAAGCUAUUUGAUGCACUUGGAUAUGUCUUUUCUUGCAUUGGGCUCAAAGAGAUGGUUAUACCAUCCAUCGAUCACCUUGCACCCAUGUGGCAGGGGAAAUAUGGGUUUACCCCCAUUGAUGAUGUGGUGAAGCAUAAGCUUGUCAACUUCAACACUCUAAUGUUUCCAGGUACGAUCAGGCUGCAAAAGAUCUUUCCGGAUGCACCUGCUAGUUUCUCUGCAGCUGCUGGUUGCUCUGCAGCUGCUAGUACCUCUGCAGCUAUGGACAAUAAGAAUGAUAAGAACUGCAAAGAGCUGGCCCUUUUGAAUUUGAAUCUUGAUCCUCCUGAACCUCCAGAGGAUGAGAAAGUAAGACCAGUGAUAUGGAUUGAUGAUUAGAAGAAUAUGCCAUUAGAAGUACCGUUUUUGGCGAAUUUGGUUAAACAUUAGUUCAUGCAUGAAGGUUAAUUUACUAUAAUUUGAUGUUCAACUCGGAACUUUUCAUUUGCUGUCGUUUUUAUAUUUUAAUAAGCUGGAAACUUUGAUAUCCCCCGGCAUUUUAAAGGAUGGUAAGCGGAAAGAUACUCUGCUUAUCCAAUAUUUAUGUCUGUUAUUUUGUUGUUUGUUCUGUUCUGGUCUUGUCAGACUUUAAGGCAGUAUUGCUACAUUUAAAUGAACUCAUUCGUUGAGAAAAAUGUUUGAAAGCUCUUA